GAAUCUGUCGAAGCUGCUCCCAGAAACAAGGAAGUAGCCGUACGUGUGGACAACCCUUGAGAUUACUCGAAUGACACUUUCUUUGACCUUUAGUCAGAGAAGGGAAAUCUUUUAUUUCUGCCUGAACCUCCCAUCCUCUGUCUGCCUCUUAUGCACUCCAGCACCCCUAUCAGCUCUCUGUUCUCCUUCACUAGCCCAGCAGUAAAAAGGCUGCUUGGCUGGAAGCAGGGAGAUGAAGAAGAAAAGUGGGCAGAGAAGGCUGUUGACUCUCUAGUGAAGAAACUGAAGAAGAAGAAAGGAGCGAUGGAAGAGCUGGAGAGAGCUUUGAGCUGCCCGGGUCAGCCCAGUAAAUGUGUUACCAUACCCCGAUCCCUGGAUGGAAGGCUGCAGGUGUCACACCGCAAGGGUCUGCCUCAUGUGAUUUACUGUAGGGUGUGGCGCUGGCCAGAUCUACAGUCUCACCAUGAAUUAAAACCACUCGAGUGCUGUGAAUUCCCAUUUGGCUCAAAGCAGAAAGAAGUGUGCAUUAACCCAUAUCACUAUCGCCGAGUGGAAACCCCAGUGCUUCCUCCUGUGCUCGUACCAAGACACAGUGAGUUUAACCCCCAGCUCAGCCUUCUGGCCAAAUUUCGAAAUGCUUCCCUGCACAGUGAGCCCCUGAUGCCACACAAUGCUACCUAUCCUGAGUCUUUUCAGCAGCCCGCAGGCUCUACCUACUCAUCGUCACCCAGCCACAUGUUCUUGCCAUCUCCCAGCACUGUAAGCUACCCUCAUUCCCCAGGAAGUUCAUCUGGGCCAGGGAGUCCAUAUCAACUCACAGUUGAUACACCACCCCCACCUUAUCAUGCCACAGAAACACCAGGGAGCCACAAUGGACGACCUCUAGAUGCCACAGCUGACAGCCAUUUAGUGCUAUCAUUGCCUAAUGGAGACUUUCGACCUGUUUGUUAUGAAGAGCCUCAGCACUGGUGUUCUGUUGCCUACUAUGAACUCAACAACCGAGUGGGGGAGACUUUUCAGGCUUCUUCUAGAAGUGUCCUCAUAGAUGGAUUUACAGAUCCUUCCAAUAACAGGAACAGGUUCUGUCUUGGACUUCUUUCUAAUGUAAACAGAAACUCAACAAUAGAAAAUACUCGGAGACAUAUAGGAAAGGGUGUUCACCUGUAUUAUGUUGGGGGAGAAGUUUAUGCCGAAUGUGUAAGUGAUAGCAGCAUUUUUGUACAGAGCCGUAACUGCAACUAUCAGCAUGGCUUUCACCCAGCUACUGUCUGCAAGAUUCCCAGUGGCUGCAGCCUCAAGAUUUUCAACAAUCAGCUCUUUGCCCAACUGCUCGCACAGUCGGUUAAUCAUGGCUUUGAAGUAGUCUAUGAGCUGACCAAGAUGUGCACUAUUCGAAUGAGUUUUGUUAAGGGCUGGGGAGCUGAAUACCACCGUCAAGAUGUCACCAGCACCCCCUGCUGGAUUGAGAUUCAUCUUCAUGGACCAUUGCAGUGGCUGGACAAAGUUCUGACACAAAUGGGUUCACCACACAACCCAAUUUCUUCAGUAUCUUAACAGUGAUCUCUAAAGCUAUUCUUCUAAUAGAAUAGAUGCUCUAUUGCAGGCAGUGACUUAUAUCAUUUCAUAUUUGCAAUUAACU